GAGUAUAAAAUCUGAUGGCAUACCAGGAAUUUUCUCCAUUAUCUUAGGCCUACGCACUACAUGGAAGCAUCUUUGGCACAGUGAGUAAGAUACACGAGGUGAUUGGCCGGAGGAGCUUGGAUUUGUCCGGCAUGCCCGAAGACCCCACACAUGAGCUGAGAUAGAAGCAAGCUCUCAUCACAAGGGACCUGUCCAGGUUGGAGAAUCUCCUCUCUCUCUCCUCAGCUCCCCCCUGCCUCGCUAGCGAUAUAACAACCCAUGUCAGCCUGCUUGCCAGCUCCCACCAGAGAUCAGAGCCUCUUGGCUAAGCUAGAGUGGGAGGGAGGGAGGGAGAGCUCGCCGUUUCCGACACAUCGGCAGCGCCGGAGAUCCUGAAAAGAGUGCCAGCAGAGUACCUGAUCCUCGAACUUUCUCGUGGAACAGAAAGUUUGCAGAUGAGGACGACAGGGACCAUCAUGAACCUUCACCGAGACAUGGACGGCAGGGAGCAGAUGAGGACGACCAUCCAGAACCAAGAACAGGUCUUCAGACAACAGGUACACGAGCUGCACCGGCUGUACCACGUACAGAAGCAGCUGAUGCAGGUGCGGCAGGCACACGCGCCUGCUCCUGCGACCCGUGCUCCAGCAGUGCUCGACGACGCCAAGCCAAGAAGACCGCAGCUAGACAUCUGGUGCAGCGAGACGGCGCGAAACCCCCCUCAGCAGCAGUUCAUCAGCUUCAACACGGCCACGGCACCGGCGCCUGCUGCCCCGGCCGAGAACUGCAACCUUGAGCUGACACUCGCAACGGGACCGAGCAGCAGCGGCAGCUGCGACGCCGGAAGGUGGCAGGGGAAGCGGCUCAAGGCGUCGCCCAACUCGGGCUCCGCCGCCACCGCGGUGUCUUCCACGUCGACGGAUUCGGAGCUGGCGCGGUUCGGGGACAUCGACGUCGUGGCGACGCCGGUGGCCAGGUUUCACGGCGAGGUUACUAGGAGGAUGGACGAGGUGGCGCAGGGCCCGUGGAUGUACCGCUGCCUGAGCUUGAAGACGGCGUGACGAGUUUGUGUUGUAUGUAGGUAGGAAUGGCCCCAUGGGGAUUUGGAGUUGUAGAGUUCAGACUUCAGAGGGAGACAGAGCAUUUUUCUGUGAUACAUGCACACGACUAUACAUCA